AUGCGCAAUGUUCCGUAUUUGUUGUUCAACAAUGAAAGUCUGAGUCGUAUCACUACGGCUGUUGGGAAACCUGAUUCUCUUGCUCCGGAAACUGAGCGUAAGAAAAACUUUGAGGUUGCAAAAUUGUAUGUCAGGGUUGAUCUUACUGCUCCGCUACCUCACAAAAUCAUCUCUGGCUUCUCUAACGGUAGGGAGGUUCAGAUUGAAGUCUCGUACCCGUGGUUACCUGUUAAAUGUGAUACCUGCAUGAGAUUUGGUCACAAGACUGAUAGGUGCCCGGCUGGGGUUUUUGAAGGUUCGUUCGGUCAAGUCAAAAACAACAACAGUGAUAUUAAUGGCGCUGCUGCGGUAGCACCCGCCAGCGAACCAGUAACAGAGAUGGAAGAAACUACUACCACAGAGCCUUUGCAGGACGGUGAAGUAGCAGUUCUGGAAGAGGGUGAAACGGCAGCUGCUACAAGAGUUGAUGUUCCAGAUCAGAAUCCAGAGGCUGUCCAGCAGGAUCAUCCUACUAGUAAUGCAAUUAUCUCCGAUGAGAUGCUUUCACUAUCUUCUGAUACUGCAGUUACAGUUAAUGGCGCUAAGGUCCCUCAAUCACCUGAUGAUGGCUUCAACACUGCUCUCCCUGGUGUCGUGUAUGAAAGUCUCAUAUCUCCAGACCCUACGAAUGUCUCAAAAGUAUAUGAUAGUGUACCUGAUACAGGAACAUCUGUUGAGGAUACUAAUCAGAGAUUGCCUGCUGAUCCGGGUAUAAAGCAAGAACAUAACGACUAUCCAGCGGAGGAUAGAGACAACCCCUUCCUCCUGGUUAACAACAGGAAGUGUGGCCGCAAGGCCAGUUUUUGGAGCUUUUUGGAGACUCACAUUUUGGAGAGUAAUAAAGAGAGAGUUUUGGGAGCUAUUCCUAGGGGUUGGAAUUAUUUUAGUAAUUUUGAAGCAAAUGACUCUGGCCGUAUUGUAGUAGUCUGGGACCCGACGGUUACACUGCUUAUAUACAAUGCAACAGCUCAAUCAGUCACAUGUGGGAUCACUAUCCUGUCUCAGAACAUUACCCUUACGGUCACUUUUGUGUAUUGGUUUAAUUUAGUUGAGGAUCGGAGGAGUCUCUGGACUAAUCUUGCUGACCACCACGACUCAACACCGGUUUCAAAUCAUCCCUGGUGCGUCCUUGGAGAUUUUAAUCAGAUGCUGCGGUCUUCUCAUCACUCAAAUCAUCUCUCCUCGGUCAUUGAUGAUUCUGGGAUGGAUGAAGCAAAUCUUGGAAUGCAAGAUGCUCAGUUAUUUGAAGCUCAAGCGAAGGGCUUGGUCUUCUUUUUCCCUGAUUCUUUUGCGGAUUAUCUGGAUCCUUCACAGUCAGAUCAUACUCCGUGCCUCUUUCGGAUGCCAGCUAUCAGACGGCAGGUCAUUAAACAAUUUAAAUUCUUCCACCAUGUAAUAGACCAUCCGGAGUAUGCUGAGACAGUUGGUGAAGCUUGGAACUGUGGGCAGAUUACGGGUACUGAUCUGUUCAAGCUCGUUCGAUCGCUUAAGCUGUUAAAGAGGCCUCUACGUAGACUUAAUAAACGACAUUUUAGUGGCAUCACUCAAAGAGUUAAGGCUCAGAGGGAUCGAGUGGAUGAACUACAGAGGCGCCUACUUACAUCUCCUGAUACUUCUACUGCACGUGAAGAGCAUUUAGAGCAUGAUAAAUUAAACACUUUACUCAAGGCAGAGGAGAAGUACUACAAACAGAGGUCAAGAGUCAGAUGGGCUGAGGUUGGAGAUCGAUGGCAAUGCAACUUGCUGUAUGCAGUGGACGAUAUUAAAGCUCAUGCGGCAGAUUACUUCCAAGGGAUCCUUGGAUCCACUGAUCUUCCCGUCUCUUCGGCCAUGACUGAGGAGCUAAGAAACCUGCUUCCAUUUCAAUGUUCGGACCUGCAACAGGACUAUCUGAAACGUCCAGUUACCGCAGCAGAGAUAAAAGUAACCUUGUUCACUAUGCCGCUGAAUAAGAGCCCGGGUCCUGAUGGUUACUCUGUUGAGUUUAUUCGGGCUUCUUGGGAUACUGUGGGUGAGGAUAUAAUCAAUGCUGUGAGUGAAUUUUUCAGGAAUGGUCGUCUCUUAAAGGAUAUGAACACAACAGCUAUAGCGUUAAUUCCGAAGAAGCCUCAAGCUUGCUCUUUAGGUGACUACAGACCCAUCAGCUGCUGCAACAUUGUUUAUAAGCUUAUCUCCAAGAUCGUUGCGAACCGACUCAAGCCUAUCCUGUCCAAAUGUGUGAGCCCAAACCAAGCGGCGUUCUUGAAGGGUCGCAGUCUAGGGGAGAAUGUUAUACUAGCAACCGAGCAGAUAAAGGAUUACAACAAGUCUACCUGCCACAAGAGUGCUAUGCUUAAAAUAGACCUUCGUAAAGCUUUCGACACCGCCUGUUGGGACUUUGUUAUUAAGGUCUUAGAAGCGCAACAAUUUCCGGCUAUGUUCAUCACUUGGAUUACCGAAUGA